AUAGUUUGUCCCAAUGGCAUAACGAACAUCACAGCUCCCAGUGGUGAGCUUGUAUAUCCUGAGUCAGGUACUUAUGGUAAGAAUGAGACCAAAUGUUGGAGGAUUACGGUUCCCGACACUUAUUAUGGCAUUCAGUAUCGUAUUUCCAGGUAAGUUUCCAUGUAUAACACUCGUCAGUAACAUGCAAACUCUGAAGCUCACAUUUCAUUUCGAUUUCAUUUCAAGCUGCCGUCAAUCAAUAUCUUAACGGAUAUUAAAAAGCAGAGACAAACAAAAUCACAAAGUCAUUCCGUAACAACUCAGAAAAUUACCUUUGAACCCUCUGAAAUAUAGUAGUAGUUCCCAAGAGGAUUUAAAAAUGAUCGCCGGCGGAAUUAAGCGAAUUCUUCAGAUGGUGCAUCUCCAACCUCGUAGCUUGCAUGAUCUUAAAAAGAGCGAGAGCAGUGUCAACCACUUUGAAGAAAGAAUAUUGGAAAAAUGCCGCAUUAUGAUGUUAUGAUAAUGACCGAGCGGCUCGAGCCACGGCAUUUUUUUUCGAAAGCUGCUUGGUCAGCGUGUUUUCUUUCCUUCUAAUUACGAUAUCAAAUCAGAAAAAGAGGACGAGACUGAAAAGAUACUUGCACGGCAAAAAAACAAGCGUUCACCGUACGGAAUUGCACGGCAAAAAAACAAGCGUUCACCGUACGGAAUUGGUGGAUGAAACUGCAAAUGACUGAGGUGUAACACUCAAGUAACGAGGGCAAUUACCAGAUUGCCUUUCGUAUUUAUUUUGAUGUUAUGAUCAUGACCGAUAAUUGUGUUGAUAAUCAUCUUCAAUAUAAUUAUGAAUAUCUUACACUCAUUCGGAAAUUGUUGGAUAUCCUUGCAAAUUAAACUGCUUUCCUCUCAUUGGUACGACGAUUUAAUCACGAAUUGCACCUUUUUUGCUCUUAAUCGCAUCUUUUCCAAAGCCAACGAGAAAGCAGUAUUGGAUCAAUAUAAUAUUUUCGCAGACUAACUGGAAAAUCCUGUAUUUGAGCGACUGAAUUUUGCGUUUUGAAAAUGGAUUUAAUAAAGUGGUUACUGAACUCUGUGUGAUGCAAUUUUUGUCUGAAAUCAUACUUUUGACUACCAAUGAAACUCGCUCUGCGCGCCUGUUCGAUUUUGAAAUCACGCGUAUAAUUUCAGACCAAAUUUCACUUCACUCAUUUCAAUUAUACCAGUAAUCAAUCAAUCCUGUAACGGGACUUUUAAGGCCCAACACAGUCAGACUAAGGAUAAAAAUAUUGUAAAUAUAUUUAAAGUAGUUUAUCUUUUCCAGUAGAUCAAUCUUUACUUUCUCCUUAAGGUUGGUAAGAAGCAAAAAGCAGUUAUAUCGGUUUGUGAUAAUUUUCCCAGGCUUGAGGUAGAAAUGUGCUCUGAUUGUAAGUGCGACUCUCUUCAAAGAGGAACUAUCUACAGCAAUUUGCACCAGGAGUUAAAAUUCUGUGGACGAAAUAGUUACAACUAUGUAGGAGGAUAUAUCUCCAUUAACUACUGGCGACGUGAUUAUACCGUCGGAUCGACGGGCUAUUUUCGCUUCGUGUCGGAUGAUACUGCACAUUAUACAGGAUUUAAGUUGACCUUCAUAGCCAAGUCCAGGUCAGGUGGGUAAUAACUAUACAAUGAGGGUCUCAAUAGGGUGAUGGCUUCUACAGCCAAUGGUUAAAGUUUUAUCAGCCAUGGAGCACAAGGCAGACUACCUCUCCUGCAAAAUAGAAUACCACCAAGAUGAGAAAGACAAGCCCUUUCCAGUCUCAGAGAAAGCUCUAGUUGACCGUGGGCUGAAAAAAUCCCGCCCUCCUUACCCCGGCUGACCUUAAGUUACAGCCAUUUGCAACCCACCCUUGAAUGGGCCUGUAACUGGGCUGCAUGUAGGUGCUGACUUGACCUUAAUUUCUCUGCAUUUCUAUUGGCUAGACUGGCUGGAGGGCGGGCGAUGUCUUGGCCCACUGACUGAGCAGUUGUCAGGCAUGAGCCUGACGGCCGUCUGGCAAAACAGUACUUUGUCAAAAUAAGCUAAGAAGCUCUUUUUAGCCCACGGGCAAACUACAAUUUGAGACUGAGGAGUCCCAAACCUACCCUCCCUACCCCUGGGCUUUGGACACACAACUGCCACUGACCCACCCUGCUUACCAUUGCUGGUCUAGACAUUAAGCUCGCCCCCCCUCCAUUUACAACGGCUAGAGCCGGCAUAUAUUUGCAACCCCUCCUAAGCUUGCUGCUUUAUACUCUCCACCACCCUCUAACCACAGGUUAUUUACCCACAAGCUUAACUGUGUCAAGGUAUGAGCCUGACAAUCAAUGUUGCUACACACGGACAUAUUGUUUCAAAUCAAAGCAGACGUAUUCUCUUGAUAACUUUUAAUGAUUUCGUUAAUUUUUCAUGCGGUAACAGACUACUUUCAUUUUGCAGCGGGUGGCAUAAACUAUCUGAAUGCAACCGAAGAUGAAACUAUUGAGUUUGGCACACCAAAAGUCGACAUUGAGAACUACCCCUCAAGUUACGCAGAACAGUGGAUUUUAAUCGUCCCUGAGGGACGGAAUGUCCAGAUAGACUUUGAUAUAUUUGAGCUGGAAGACAGUGAGGGUUGUAAAAACGAUUAUGUUGAGUUCCGUGAAGCAUCCAUCGUGGCUAGUGGUUCCAAUGGCGAUAUUGGUCCAAUCCUGACAGGACGCCUGUGUGGAAAUACAAAGCCAAACUCGAUACUGAGUCAAGGGAACAUGGUUUGGGUUCAGUUCCUGAGUGACAGUAAUUCCACUACUGUAAACAAGGGAUUCAAAGCUUCUUUCAAAGCAGGUGUGUUAUAUCGAUGA